AUGGCGGACUCGCAGGUGCUGCCCAAGCGGGGUCCCUUCCGCUCCACGUGGCUGCGGGCCCGCAAGGCUCGGACGCCGCUCGUCCUCAGCCGCCGGCCCCGCCGCCGGCUCGGGACGCUGCGUUGGUGCGGCCGGAGGCGCCUGCGGCGGCGGCUGCUGCAGGCCGAGGCGGCCGGCGCGGACUGGCGGGAGAGCGGCUGCCCGGUGCCGCGCGCGGUGGCCCGAAGGCCCAAGCCCGAGGCCCCCCGCCCCGCCCCGGCCGCGCCCCCCGCCGCGAGCGGCCCCGCCACCCUCCCCAUCCCCCCCGUGCGGCCGGCCGGCCCGGGCCGCGCGCUGCUGCUGCUGCCGCUGGAGCAGGGUUUUACUUUUAGCGGGAUCUGCCGUGUGACUUGCCUCUAUGGCCAGGUGCAGGUGUUUGGUUUUACCAUUAGCCAAGGCCAGCCAGCCCAAGAGGUCUUCUCUGCCUACACCCACUCUCGCUUGGCUAUCAAUGCAGUUCAUUAUUCCAUGCCUGAGAAAAGCAAGAAGGAGAUGAAAAGAGAAGCCCGAACUUUGCUCAGAUCUCACCUUAGUCGGGAUGACAGAUGCUGGUUGAUGAAGAACUUUUCUCCUCUGUGUUCCAUUGUGAUGCUAGAACAACUGAAAACCUCCACUGUGAACUUCUUAGUCAGCCAUCCAGGUUUAUCUUACGUUUUCGUACAAGAGAGUCCAACAUUCCAGAUUAACUCUGAACAUUUAGCCCUGAGAUCUGUUGGCAUUAAAAGGGAGAAGAAGAAAAAUGGCCUUCGUUUGACUGAGAGUGUGUUGUCGGCCUUGGAGGAGUUGGUUACCGUGUCCUGUGAAGAAGUAGACGGCUGCCCUGUCAUUCUGGUUUGUGGCUCUCAGGAUGUUGGAAAGUCAACAUUUAAUAGAUACCUGAUUAACCAGUUAUUAAAUAGUAUUUCCUGCAUUGACUACUUGGAAUGUGAUCUGGGACAGACAGAAUUUACGCCUCCAGGAUGCAUUUCUUUACUUAAUAUUACAGAACCGAUUUUAGGACCACCUUUCACCCACCAGAGGACACCCCAGAAAAUGGUAUAUUACGGGAAACCUUCUUGUAAAAACAACUAUGAAAAUUAUAUUGAGAUAAUAAAGUAUGUAUUCAGCUCCUACAAGAGAGAGUCCCCUCUUAUCGUCAACACGAUGGGCUGGGUGUCAGACAAAGGACUUUUGCUUCUCAUUGAUCUCAUCCGGUUGCUGUCUCCCAGCCAUGUUGUUCAGUUCAGUUCUGGCCGGAGCAAAUACAUGCCAAACCUCACCCCUGACUAUGUGGAUGACAUGGACGGCCUGUACACAAAGAGCAAGUCCAGAGUCAGAAACAGAGGUUUCCAACUGGCAGAGUUUACGGAGAAUUUGGAAUUUGCUGACGAAGAAAAGGAGAGUCCAGUUGUGUUCACUGGACAUAAACUGAUAUGCGUCCAGUCAGACUUUACAUUUAGAAAAACUCCAAGAAAUAGAGAGUCACAUAACAAAGUUCUCCGUGAUUUGGCGGUACUAGGUUACCUUGGCCAGCUGCAGCCCCCAGUGCCACGACCACUUUGUCCUUUACAUGGUCUGACACCCUAUCAGGUCCCUUUCAAUGCGGUUGCACUCCGGAUUAUUCAUGCUGAUGUCGCUCCUACUCAUAUAUUAUAUGCUGUGAAUGCCAGCUGGGUUGGUCUUUGCAAGAUCCUGGAUGAUGUCAGAGGAUACGCAAAUGGGCCCAUCCUACUUGCCCAGACUCCAAUCUGUGAUUGUUUGGGGUUUGGAAUUUGUAGAGGGAUCGACAUGGAGAAGAGGCUUUACCAUAUCCUUACUCCUGUGCCCCCGGAAGAGCUAAGAAAUGUGAAUUGUCUGCUGGUUGGAGCCAUUUCCAUUCCACAUUGUGUUUUCAAGAGCCAGCGUGGGCUCGAAGGAACAAUACCUUACAUCACCACAGAUUACAAUUUUAAACUUCCGGGAGCAUCAGAGAAAAUUGGAGCAAGAGAAACUGAGGAGACAUGUGAAGAGAAAGUACACCCCAAACCUAAACUCUAUCGAAGAAUAAACUGACACUGACGUUAUUAGUAAGGGAAGGAGCUUUUACCUGAAAACUGGACUUCGUCUGCAGCCUGCCAUCAGACUGAUGGCGAGGAUGGGGAACGGUGCCCUAAAGUAGCCAACAGCGUUUCCCAUGUACCUCGUGGAUCUAGAGUAAAUUUAACUCUUAAAAGCUACGUGACCUAGAGUUUUGCCCUGGUGUUCUGUAUGGUUCUUCAUACUGACUGUUUUCUUUUCCAAAGGGUUAAAGCAGCAGGGGGACGUUUGUACACCAUUAAAGCAGAGAACACAGUUGAUUCCUCACAAAGCUCUUCAAGCACCUGGUGGUUGGAAUCUGGAUAAAAAUAGGGAAACUGGGUCCUUAAGAAUCUACCAAAGAGGAAGGGAGGCUUGGCCAGCGGGGUCACAAGCAGACUGGUGCGGGGGCUCCCCGGUCCUUGCCCAGCGAUGGCAAAUGGGAAGGAGGUCCCAGCAGCAGGGUCCGCCCGUGGUUGUGCUCAUCUCCGGUCCACACUCUCUUUCAUUCACUCGGUCUGGUGUGAAAGGAUCACAUUUGGUUUGUUUGGUGUAAUUAAUCAAGGUUUAAUUAGAUAAAAACUUUGGACUCAAGAGCCCUUCGUGUUUUGGGUUUUUUCAUCUAUGACUUUAUGCUGGAAAAUAUUGCUCUCAAAUUUAGGAAACCUUUGCCGUGGUCUCUGUAAAACUAGCUGUGUCCUAAUUGACUUCUCAUUGGGGAUUGAAGACAUAGCGUGGCAGAGCUGGACACCAGGCUGUUUGGAAAAAGGACUGGCCGAGCAGCUCGUGGAGAGCUACAUCUCGUCUUUGGUGGCUGGACCGGAUCUUGCACAUAAGGACAACUCUGCGCCAUCCAGUGCCUCCUCCAGGGGAGACGGGAUGAUGAAGCCAUUCUCCCGAUGGCUUCUGGGAAGGUGGUGGAAAUCCAUUCUUCGUCUUCUCCCUGAUUGUCGCAAUUCUUGAUCCUCUAGGUUGGAAGUGGUUUUGGUAAACAAGGGUAUCUGAUUAGAUCACAUCAUUUGUGCAUUUCAGUCUGUGAAAGUCUUACUGAGGUAGCUUUUCAAACUGGUCUUGUGGGUUCAGCUUUCUACAGAUGAUGUGGAAGGCCGGUUAUUUGGAUGUGGGUUUUAACAUCUAUGUUCAUUUAAACCGUUGGUUGUUGUCCUGAUUCUUACAGUGGCCCCUCCACCCUUACAUGCUCUCCCUGGAACUGUGCCACCCUCCAGGGGUGGUUUUGAUUCUCUGGAGACAGUUUAGGGCCUGACUUCAUUGGGUCUUAGUUAUAUCUAAGUUUACCUUGUGCGUGCUUUCUGUCUUGGUCUUGCCAAGAACUUUGACAGACAAUCUGCCAUUACCAGCAUUUUGCCUUCUUCCCUAGUUCCUUGUGUCUUCACAGUGAUGCUCACUAUGGGUCCUGGGCAGCAGGUCUCAGGAGGAAUGACAGUUGAUGCCCUGGCACCUGCACUCCAGGAAACAAAGGCUUGGCUUUUCCCUUACCGCCUGCUGCUCUUCAGGAGAAAGUAGGCAUUGCCACUAGAGGGAGCUGCCGGCCCUCGGUCCCGUGGCCCCAGAGCCUGCCGGGGAGCCUGCCUGAGACUCCUUGGAGGGCUCAGACAUCCUGGAGACUCAGCUGUGUAGCCAGCUCCGUGGGCCUGCUCACACCCACAGUGAUGCCAUCCACCCUAGAUGUCUGUCCCUGUGAUUGUCAAUGUCAGCAGUUUGGGCUUUUUGUCAUUUCUACAGUCCUUUGGUUCAGAAUAUGGUGGUAAGUUCUACACUUGAGGUAUUCUUAACAAAAACUCAGACAUUUGUGUGUGUGUGAUUUCCAAAGCAGUAUGUGCAUAUUUUAAGAAAAAGAAAUAACAUGACUUAGAACUUGAAACCCCCAGUUGCUGAUUUUGUGGUUCUUUAAAGCCAGUUCUUUAGAAGAGAUUCCUUUAUAGGAAAGACAGAUGUGAAGAUAAAUAGCAAGAUUCUUGGAUGGUGGUCAUUUGUAAACAAGGGCCAGUUGGGCCUGGGGACAGGAAGUGGUGGCCCCUCAGCAUGGCCUGGAACAAGAGAAAGGGGAGAAGGAUCGUUGAGCUGGUCCUUCAGGUGCCAUGAAUGUUUGAGAUUAUCACUCUGGAAGAGGCCCGGGGUGGGGAUAGGGGGCCUGGGCCGGGACCCUGGGGCAGGGGGCUGCUUCCCUGCCAGACCUGGGAUCUGGGUCCCGUGUCUACUUGGUAGUUUUAUCCUUCAGGUUUGGAUGUGGCAGUUGAGUGGCGGAGGCAGCAGGCUUUGCUCUGUGAGCUGGGAGUUGGCCAGCCGUGUAUCUUUGCGGGAGAUAUUCAGCCUGUUGUCAUCUGUAAGGCAGGAUGGUGGCCAUUCGUCAGUGCCUGUGGGGAGGAAGUGAGGCUCGUCUGUAUGUGGUGGAGCAGUACCCUGUCUCUUGUUGAAUUGUAAGCUGUGAGAAAGCAGGGACCAAGACUAUUCCUCACAGUUACACUGGGUCGAAGAAGAAGCUAAAUGUUUAAACCUACAUCCCUCUCCCUUGUCUGGCCUCUGGGCAGGGUUACCCUCAAAGCAUUUUUCCAGCCAAGUGUGCUGUUGUCUCUCCAGCCAACCUGGGGAGUAGGUUCUGGGUCUCCCAUUAGUACCCGAUCCUGGCAGUUCCAUAAACCCUCACUUACUGCUUUUAAAAUUGUAUGAACGGUUCACUCGGGUAAAAAACAACUUUAAGACCCACCACCACAUGGGCAUUCACUCAGUGUCAUGAUGCAGUCUUGUCUGGUGUUUUUCUAAGUUGUAUGUGUGUGUCUUAUAAAAUUGAUGUCCCGCCUUAUGUGUAGUUUUUUAAUCCAGCUCUUUUCAUUUAACAAGGGAACUUCUGUGUCAUUAAAUAUUUUUUGAGAACAUGAA